AUGCGGCUUUUCUUCCGAUAUCUUUUCCCCUUAUUCAGUCUUCCUUUCUUAGAUGGAUGUAUUCGAACGGUACCAACACCAACCCCCGGAAACCCUUGUCAACAGUGUACAGUCGGUCAAGUGACUUUCACUCCAGCUUCACCCGAUCGACUCGGCUCAAUCGACGCCACGCACACCAAUCCAACAAUCGGUGGUGAUGGUUGCUUACAUAUGGUAGCUGAAUGUAUCGGUGAUGAGGGAUUCACUUCUUUUAUGCAGUUUAACAUAAAUCAAGGAGGACCUGUGGAAAAUAAUCCGGCGAAACGAGUCGUCGAAGCGCCUUUAGACUGCAGGAAUGGACAAUGGUUCUACAUGAAUCGACAAGUGAAUGAAGUGAACUGUCAAGAGGCAGGGAAUGGG